UUUUUUUUUUUUUUGAUAUACUCUCUGGGAUGAUUUCCCUUUCUUUGCGCUGUACAAAACGAAUGGUCUUACAAGGCGUUUACAUAUCCGGUUUUCUCAUUCGGCCUGGUUUCCGUUCCGUUCUUAAUUUGGUGCGCUCGUUCGGUCUGGAUUCUACCAUGGCCACUUCAUUCGUUAUUGUUAUUUUCUUUUUGCCAUUUAUUUAUACUCCCUCGGUUCUGGCUUGGGGUUCGCUGCUGGCCAAUGACGCCCCGGAUAGAGUGCUGUGUCUGUCCAGCCAUGCCUGCGGCUCUUUUGUGCAAGUCGGAAGAUGGGGGAGAGAGAGGCGUUUCCAGCAAGUGCACACCUCGGCGCUGAUAUUCUUUUCCUACUUUGCUUUCCCAUUGAGAUUACGGACUGGACUCUGGAGUUUUCGUAUGUGGGGUUUCAUUUCUGGUGAAUUUUUUGAGGACCUGUGAUUUUAUCGGACUUUCCUUUCUUGUUUUGAUACUCUUUAUUUCCUCCCCCCUUCAUAAAAGAAUCCCAAGGAGACCCGUAGUAGGGUUUCCCCUAUGUGAGAGAUACCUUCGCCUGGCGUGAAAUUGUGUGUUAAGUAAUUGUGGAUAUAGUAGCAAUUCGAGUCGAAAAUAGGUGCAAGGAGAGGC